UCGGGACGAGACCCUGCAGCAGAGACGACGGAGGCGGAAGCAACCCUAUCCCGGAGGCGGCGGCGGCGGGAGGAGCCGGAGCCGCCUGGGAUGUUCAGUCAUGAAACGAGUGCGCACCGAGCAGAUUCAGAUGGCAGUGUCCUGUUACCUCAAACGCCGGCAAUACGUGGACUCGGACGGUCCCCUGAAGCAAGGACUGCGGCUGUCCCAGACUGCUGAGGAGAUGGCGGCCAACCUCACAGUCCAGUCCGAAUCUGGUUGUGCCAACAUAGUGUCUGCAGCCCCUUGUCAGGCAGAGCCCCAGCAAUAUGAAGUGCAGUUUGGACGACUGCGGAAUUUUCUCACCGAUUCUGAUUCCCAGCAUAGCCAUGAAGUGAUGCCUCUCCUCUAUCCUCUCUUUGUCUACCUCCAUCUCAACCUGGUCCAGAACAGUCCCAAGAGCACAGCAGAAAGUUUUUAUAGUCGCUUCCAUGGAAUGUUUCUCCAGAACGCUAGCCAGAAGGAUGUCAUUGAGCAGCUACAGACCACUCAAACCAUGCAAGACAUCCUGUCUAACUUAAAGCUUCGAGCAUUCCUAGAUAAUAAGUACGUGGUUCGUCUCCAAGAAGACAGCUACAACUACCUUAUCCGCUACCUCCAAAGUGACAACAACACCGCCCUGUGCAAAGUCCUCACCUUGCAUAUCCAUCUUGAUGUGCAGCCUGCCAAGAGAACAGAUUACCAACUCUAUGCCAGCGGCAGCUCCUCACGAAGUGAGGGCAACGGCUUAGAGCCCACUGACAUGCCAGCCCCGAUUCUGCAGAACGAGGCUGCCCUGGAGGUCUUGCAGGAGAGCAUAAAGCGCGUCAAGGAUGGCCCGCCCUCCCUCACCACCAUCUGUUUCUAUGCCUUCUAUAACACAGAGCAGCUGUUGAACACUGCAGAAAUCUCCCCAGACAGCAAGCUGCUCGCUGCUGGGUUUGACAACUCCUGUAUAAAACUAUGGAGUUUACGAUCCAAGAAGCUAAAAUCAGAACCCCAUCAAGUAGACGUGUCUCGCAUCCAUUUGGCUUGUGAUAUUCUGGAAGAGGAGGAUGAUGAGGAUGACGCUGCGGGCACGGAGAUGAAGACCCUGCGGGGACACUGUGGACCAGUGUACAGCACGAGGUUCCUCGCAGACAGCUCAGGGUUGCUCUCUUGUUCCGAAGACAUGUCCAUUAGGUACUGGGACCUCGGGAGUUUCACCAACACUGUGUUGUAUCAAGGACAUGCCUACCCUGUGUGGGACCUGGACAUUAGCCCAUAUAGCCUGUACUUCGCCAGCGGGUCCCAUGACCGCACCGCAAGGCUGUGGUCAUUUGAUCGGACGUACCCACUGAGAAUAUAUGCUGGACACCUGGCAGAUGUGGACUGUGUCAAAUUCCACCCGAAUUCAAACUACUUAGCCACAGGCUCCACCGACAAGACUGUCCGGCUGUGGAGCGCGCAGCAGGGCAGCUCAGUGAGGCUCUUCACCGGCCACCGGGGCCCUGUGCUCUCCCUCGCCUUUUCCCCCAACGGUAAGUACUUGGCGUCAGCGGGCGAGGACCAGCGGUUGAAGCUAUGGGACUUGGCCUCUGGCACCCUUUACAAAGAACUGAGAGGCCACACAGACAACAUCACCAGCCUCACCUUCAGCCCAGACAGCAGCCUGAUCGCCUCUGCGUCCAUGGACAACUCCGUGCGCGUCUGGGACAUCAGGAACAGCUACUGCAGCGCCGCGGCCGACGGCUCCUCGGGCGAGCUCGUGGGCAUGUACACCGGGCAGAUGAGCAACGUCCUGAGUGUGCAGUUCAUGGCCUGCAACCUCCUCCUCGUGACUGGAAUCACACAGGAAAAUCAGGAACAUUGAUUUUUACCUUGGCUGUAACAGACUGGGGCAGUGGAGUGGAGGGCUCCAGGUUGCAAGUCUUACGAUUCAAUCACUGACUGACUGUGAAAGACUCCCCGCUUCUCCCCUCGUCCUGUGCGGACAUCUUGAGCACAUCACCCCUUCACUCAGCCCCCAAGUGUCGAGGACGGUGGGGGAGGACAGGUGGUGAUUAGAGGACCUGAUAUCAAGAAGUGAGAUGCUCUGGAGGUCAGGUGGCCAGUUCUUACAAAGAUGCCACUGUGUCCUCACGCGAGCGAGCACCUUCGUGUCUGUCUCAUUUUCCCUUUUGUGAAACCAUGAUGCUGCUGACUUGGCCGGUGCUGCACCGGCCCGAGGAUGGCCGCAGAGGGCUCGGGAGGAGGGGCCCCGCAGGGCCGCGUGUCAUCAGUUGCUGGGCAGAAGGGCAUCUUUCCUGGUGUAGGAAAGCAGGGGUAGGGAUGAGGAAAGGGGGCAAGAAUCAUCCUGGAAAAGGUCUUUUUCUUUCCUGUGAUUGCAGAGAACAGGAUUUUUUAUUAUUAUUAUAAUUAUAGUAAUUAUUGUUAUUAUUGAGAAGGGGAAACCUAGCACUGGCAGAGGGGCCUUCUCUGCUCUCAUCUUUCAGGUUUGACUCCUGGCACUGGCUGUGAUACUUGGAAUUUUGAGGUUCAGGGAAUUCAGAGAAUUUGGUAGCACAGUGUAUUGUGAGGAAGGGAAAAUUUCUGGGUGACAGGUUGGUCACUCCGCUGACAUGUUUCUAGAAGCGGGUGGACAUGACUGAGGAAGUCGUGGGCUCUUGCAGUGAUGGUGGAAAGGAGACUCGUGGCUGCACUUCUGUGAGCAGGCCAUCCCGGAAAGGACAGUGUCACAUGAAAUGAAAACGAUUUGAGGCGAUAAGUCAAAAGGUAGAAUUAGAACAUGUUGGAUUUCCAAAUGAGCAUUUAUUCCGAGGUGUGGCUUUUUCGGUCUUUUUCUCCUUGAGAUCACCCACUCCCACCUCCUGCAUUGCAAUAGCAGUUUAAUGAACACUUUGUGAAACAAAUUGUGAGUACGUAUGCACGCAUAUAAAAACUAUGGGGAUAAGGCAAGUUCUAAUUUGUGGAAAAGGAUUAAAUAUUUCUGUCUUCUGAAAAGAGUUAUUUUGUAUUUUGUUUUCUAUUAAAAUGUAUUUAGUUUCCAAAAAAAGUGUUGGCAUCUCAUUUAAGCUGUGAGGAGAGGUGGGUGUGUGGCUUGUCCUGCGCUGACAUGCAGCGCCCCUCUCUCCAGGGUAGUAGCCCGUUCUGUAGGCCAGACUAGCCCCAAAGGAGGUGCAUUCUAUCUGCUUUUGUAUUCUGUUCAGCUUACCUUGAAUCAUGAUUCCCUAGGCAUUCACGUGGAUUAUUGAUAGCAUUUAAUACUGUUUAUACAGCCAAGAUUACCAGUUGCUGACCAGAGACAACAUAUAUUUUGCAUCUAGAGUUAUUUGGUAAGAUUCUACUUCUGGUUUUCUUUAAAGACCCCAUUAUGAAAUUGCUGAGGGGCCUAAGAACUUGUUAUUUAAUUAACUCAAACUAUUUAUUGAACAAUUAUAGAUAAUGGACUCAUUCAAAGAUUUAAAUGAUGCCAGAAUUUUUAAAAUGUACUUUGAUACAUAAUUCUCUGGCAAGGACACCAGAAUUAUCAGGAAAUUAAAUAGAAGACUCUAGAAUUCUGUGCCAAAAACUUUUUUACUUGAGCCUAAGGUGCUAAAUAAUAGAAAAUUUGUCUUAUAGAUAAAAAUAUAUAUUUGAGACAUUGUAAGAAGGAUCCUUUGGCAACUUAGCCAGACAGCAUCACCUUCCACAUGGAAAAGCCUAGAAUUCAAAUGUGUUCUUAUCUCUAAUAAGUGAAUUCUUAAGUUAGAUUGUACGGUAUGUUGCUAAAAAUGAUGAAAUUCAUAAAUUGGACUGAGUCAUUCUCAGAAGUGGAAAUAUUGCUGAUUUGGAAGGUUUUGUGUUUGACUUUAAUGCAGAAUCUCUUUGAUUAAACACAGAAAUGUAUUAGGUUGGUCAGUCUCCACAUUGUCGAUCAUGUAUAUACUUUGUGAUUGCAGUUGAAGCUCUUAAUGAUCUGCGUGCUUGGCCUUUAUUUUCUUUUGUGAGCUAAUUUUAAUGUGGGAUAAUUGAACUUUAUAGAAUGCCCCCCUCAACUUCUCCAAACUCUUAGAACUAUUGUAAGGGGUGUGUAUGUGUGUUUCUGUCCACAAGGGUGCGCAAAGAACAUGGCUACCCUCUUCAGGUUGCUCUCUUGCAUUGUUUAAUUUCAUCUUCAGAGCAAUUCCAUGAUGUGGGCAGGACUGGUGAUAUUACCAUUUUGUAUCUGAAAUACCUAAACCCUGGAAAAGCUAUAUAAUUUAUUUUUUUGGAAUAAAGAAACUUUAGAAUAUUCAGUUAUUUUGAACCACAAUAAUAAAUCUCUGUGAUGUAUAUAAGGUGGGGUGGGAGGGGGACAGCUGAAAUUUUUUAGGCUGACAGGCUCAGAAAAUCUGACUGUAAUUUUAAUUUAGCAGUAGACUGGCCAAAACAAAGAAAGAAAAUUAUGAUAAAGGAAAGUAAUGGAUAGAGAUGAAACAGGAAACAAUUUUGAGUUUUUAAAUUCAAGGUCCAGCUUCUAAGGAUGUGAUUACUAGCUUUUUAUUUGUUUUAUUCGUGUAUUAAAAAUGUCUUGGUUGUAUAAAAAAUAUUUGAGUAUGUAGGCUUCUCAUUUUGCUGUU